CUUCAUAGUUAUAAGGAAAAUGAAAUGUUAAUUUUUUUUCUACUAUUUGUAAUAAUUUCCCGAUUUUUGUUACUAUAAACCACUUCCUACGGACUAAUUUCCUAUGAAAUGCUAUCUUUUAGUUAAACUGCUGUUUUUUUUGUUUUUUUUAUAAACAUUAUAUUAUUUAUAAACAUUAUAAUGAAGGAAUAGAGUUGUUUGUAACCUCAAGUAUUUUUAAAAGCCUAAACAUAAACCAAAAAUAAUUCGAUAAUUGAUAAUGGAGAAAGGCAAACAAUAAAGCAAGAUACAUAUGUUCUGAUUUCGUAACCUCAUAUAUAUGUUAUAUCCAUUCCCGGUACAAAUUGUAUGUGUGUUAUCUGUUGUGUGCUUCAAGGAAUCGUUUUCUAUCGAAGGUAAAUAUACAAAGAACUUGAACAAUUACAAGAUAGUCUACCCUGUCAAAGUAUCUGGCCCCGACCAGUCCAGCAGAAGACACCGAAGAUGGGGAGAUGACGACGAUCCAAUCCAAUCUACCGUUCAUUACCGGCUCAAUCUCGGAGGGAAUGACGAAUGGAUUGAUUUGGAGCCCAACUUACACAUACUGUCACCAGGAGCUGUAUUGGAGCACAGGACUAAUAGUACGUCUGAUAACGAACCUUUGGCGAACGUCAAGUUGGAACAGCCGUCCUUCACGCAAUGCUUCUUCAGAGGGAAAGUGAGGAACUAUGACGAUUCAUCGACAGCUGUUUCUACUUGCGGUGGUGGUUUGUGCGGAUACAUCAGGGUAAAACGUCGUACAUACUUCAUCGAACCCGCGGUGAAUGAAGAAUAUGAAUCCGAAAAUGAAACUGAGCAAGAACAACCACAUUUCCUUUACGAAGAUGAUCAAAGCGAGACGGCAUCUCUCAACUGUGCCACCAAGAUGAAAAUUGAUAAAGAUUAUCAAGGCCUUGAUGAUUCCUCCCUUCGAAAGAACGUUGCAAAUUAUCAAGAAGGCUCUGAACAGGAUUCACCGAAAUCCAAUUCUUCCAACAAAAGGCUGCACAUUGAGACCUUACUUGUAGUCGACCAGUCUAUGAUGGAUAUGCACGAUAUAAGUGAUUUGCAAAAUUAUGCUCUUACUGUGUUUAAUAUGGCCCAGUCUCUAUUCCAUGACUUGAGUAAAGAUCCUCCAAUCGACUUGGAGAUUGUAAGGAUAAUAGAAGUGGAAGACCCAAAGGACGUUCUUAACUUUAGACAAAUUCGCCAACUAGGGUCUGAAGAACUGGAAAAGUUUUCUGCAUGGCAGCUUAGAAUCAACCCUAAAGAUGAAAAGCAUCCCAAUCAUCAUGACUUAGCUCUUCUGUUGACUGGAAAUGAUAUUUGUGACGAAGAAGAUUCCUGCCACUAUGUUGGUUUGGCUGAAAGGAACGGAGUAUGUCAUCCAAAGAGACAAGCAGCCAUCUGCAAAGACACUGGUCUCAUGUUGGGAUACAUCAUCGCCCACCAGAUCGCGCAUACAUUAGGAGUAGGACACGACCCGGCAGAGAGGUCUCCCGAGGGGAUCUCCAGCGUGAUGAGCCCCGUGAUCACGCUCAGCCCAAAGGUUUGGACGGAGCAGAGUCAGGGUGCGCUGAUGUCGGCCAUCCAGAUUGCCAAACCUUAGCCUGUGAAUUCGAAGGUGCUUCAUGCUCCAACACUGGCAUCAUGCCAGCACCAGGGACUUCUUGCGAUCUGAACAAAUGGUGCUAUGACGGUGCCUGCUUGGAGGCUGGUAAGAGACCGCUUGCUGUUGAUGGUAACUGGGGCUCUUGGUCGGAAUGGAGCGAGUGUUCCAGGAGUUGUGGAGCUGGAGUGUCCGUGUCCUCCAGGAAGUGCGACUCACCGUCGCCGGCUCACGGCGGAAAAUCUUGUAGCGGAAGCAAGAACCGGCAUAAGAUCUGUACUACUGAACCAUGCGAUGUUAGAAGUGAACCGUUCCGGGAUGUUCAAUGUUCCGAAUAUAACGACUGGGUCUUCCCCGAAGACGGCGAAGUUCACAAGUGGAAAGGUUUCUUCGUCAGUAACGGAAACCCUUGUGCUCUUUACUGUCGAAAUGACAAAGACGUCGUUGUAUCUCUGUCGCCUAAAGUUAAAGACGGCACUACAUGCUAUCGUGGAAUGAGGGACAUAUGCGUGGAUGGAAUUUGCCGAGACAUACCAUGUGAUCUGCAAUUUGACUCUAACAGCGUGGAAGAUGCAUGUGGUAUUUGUCAUGGCAAUGGUACAGUUUGCAAAGUUGUGCAGGGACACAAAAAUUUUCAACGAGGCAUCUCUCAAAUAUUGACCAUACCAGCCGGUACCAGGAAUAUUGUUAUUGAAGAAAAUAAACAUACACCUUCGCACCUUAUUCUAAAAACCAAUGAGAGCGAUGAUAUUAUUAAUGAAGGAAAUAAAUUAGGAAUGUUCAAUGUAUCUGGAAGUAUGGGAUGGUUGGGAAUGAAAAGACCGAAUCAAGAAGUAAUUGAAAUUCCAGGACCUUUAGCCAAACCUGUCGAAGUCUGGAUAACAUCAGAAGGCCCCCAGGCUGUAACAUAUUCAAUGGGCUUACCGAGUGAACCAAGAGAAGGAAAAUAUUCAUGGGAUUACCUAGAUUGGUCUGACUGUAUGGCUCAGUGUGGAGACAGUUAUCAGGAAUCUGUUCCUAAGUGUGUGGAACUACUGAGUGGACAUGUGGAAGAUAAAUUUUGUUCUGCAGUUCAAAAACCGCAAGUUAAAAGAAGAUCAUGCAAUGCUGGUAUCUGUUUGCCGAGGUGGUUAGUUGGAGAGUGGCAAGAAUGUGGCCCUUGUCCGAGCAAAGAAGCCAGACGUUUUCGUAUAGUUCGUUGUAUCAAACCAACGGCUGGUUCUGAAGAAGGAAUGAUGAUCAUCAGCAAUAAAAUAUGUCCAGGAUCACGCCCGAUAGGAUCAGAGCCCUGCAGAUGCAUCAAACGCCAAGUUUUAUACUGGCCAUCGCCUUAUAGAUUUGAUAUGUUAUCAAAUGAUUUCAAGAUUCUUCCAAAAUUUUUUAAAGGAAACAAAACAUCGAAAAUGCCUGAAAAAAAAGUUACCCUCAUGCAGUUGGAGAAUGAAAGCGAAGAAUCGAUGCUCAAACAAUUCAAGGAAAAUCAGCAAAAACACCAUUCGAUAUUUUACAUGCCCCGUGUACUAGGUUCUAAGUUUAAUUUUUCUAUUCCGUUUAAAAAACGAGAAGCAAUUAUAGAUGAAUUUCCAAGCCAAGGAUUAAUACCUCUCUUCAAUAAUCAUUUCAUCAACUAUUUUCCAAAACCGGAUGUCAUGGAUUUUCUUAAAACUGGGAAUAGAAUAAUGGGGAAUAAUCUAGCUCAAACUACUCAAUCUGUUAAAGUUGUCAGUAUAGGUCCAAGAAAUAAUUUUAAUUCGAUGAAUGUUAAAAGAUUAAGACCCAUUUCCUUAAAUGAUCCUCAACCAUUGCUUUUCUCAAAUCAGAAUAUCUUAAAACUCCUUUCUGACAAUCUUCCUCUAGACAAGUUAAAACAACAACACUAUAUGAAUCAGAAUAAUAAAAAGGACUUUAAGAACUUAAUCUACUUCCCUGAGAUUUUUAUGAAUGAUACCAGUUUUAUCCAGCCAAAACCAGAAAAGAAAUUGAACAUUAUAGACAUUUUGAUGAACGAGUUUAAUAAUGUUUUAGCUGCGAAUGCACUAAUGCAGUCCAACACUAAAAACCCUUUGACAACAGGUAGUAGUGAUAUUCAACCAAUACAGAGCAUAGCUAGUAAACCUCUAGUUUCCGCCUUUGGAAACAGAAUUCAGUUAAGUAGGCAACCAUUUUUUAUAUCUAAUACGAGUGGACUUGAUGCAGCAAUAUCACAUUUACAAAAGAAUGACUCAAAUAGUUUUAUUAACCUAAAUGUGAAUAAUUUGGGUGUAAAUAAUCAAAAAGGUUCCGAAACAUGGAUACCACCAAGCGAUCAUGAGUGGCACAAGUUGCUCAGUGCAUUUCAGAGAUAUUUUUUCAAAAAGCAAUGUGAAUCUCAACUGAAGGCUGUUGGUAAUAAAAUCAAUGAUCAACCGCCUAAAAUGGAUGAUAAAAUCUUUUUGAUUUCAACUCGCCCUACAACUACCAACGUUACCAAUGAUAACCUCAAUCCAUUAGGUUCCCUAACUAGAAAAUUAAGUGAAAAACUGAAUACUUUAAGUAACAAUGAAAAGUUGAAAGCGUUUCAACUUUUCACAGCUCUCGUUAACCGUCUGUAUAACGCACUGAAUAUAUUGCCUCAGCAAGAACUUGCAGUAAAUGAUAUGUACAUAGACGAAGAAAUACCAUUAAUGCCAAUGAGAGGUGAUAAUUUUGAAAUAAAUAAUGAAAAAUCAAACAAUUUCUUCAAUCGUAUAAACGAUGAUAUCCUGAGAAUUAACCGUAAUGAAAACACUGGUUUGAAUUAUAGUUUACCUACAUUUGACAAACCAAUUUUUUCUGAAUUAGAUUUAUUAAAAAUUAAGCAUUUAUUUAAUUCAGAAGAUAACUCAUUCCUGGCCGAUAAUAUAUAUCAAAACAAUAUUCCUCAGUAUUAUCAAUUAAAAAGAAGAAAUAAACAAAAAAUGUCUCAAGAGAAAAGGUCUAAAGGAAAAAAUAAAAGACUAAAACAAAUUAAACAAAAAUCCGAAUCUAAUACUAAAAGUAUUUUAAAUGAUAAUUUAGAUGAGUUUAUUAAAAAUUUCAUCUUAGAUAUUCACAAAGGUGAUAAAGGAAGAAGUAAAAAGGAAGCAGUCCAAACAUUAAAACCACAACAUACAGGUCGCAUUGGGAGAUAUAUACAGCAAUGCACCAAAACAGUUACAUCCAAAAGGAGAAUAACAGGUGUCUAUCCGAUUCCACCAGACAGGAUAUGCCCCAUAACGACAUCUACUAAACGUCCAAAAUUUUAUAUGACAAGGUGUAGAAAAAAUAUUGCAGAAAGAUCUAGCGAAAAUAUGUUAGGUAAGGAUUCAUUUGAAAAGAAGACAUUUAUGCUUCCUCGAAACAGUAAAAUUAUUAAAGUAAUCGGUAGGAAGAAAAGGCAUUUACCAGGCAAACCUUGUGAAGAGCACUCACGUGUUUGUGAAGAGCUGAAGCGGAGGUUCAAGGACAGGCUUGUCAAUGUUACGAAAUUGGAUCCCAUCGCUUGUCAAAGACUUAGGGAAGAAAUAAUACAUGUCAAACACAAUUUGAAGGAUGAAGAACAUCUAGAAAAGGAUUUAUCAGACGUUAUUAACAGCAACAUGACUUGCAUAUUCCGAUACAGUGAUGAAAAAGAUACUACAACGGCUUUUACAUUUGAGUGA